CUGGUAUUACUGCGGAGCGGGGCCGUGCCCUCAGCACCCGGGACAGCAGGCGCGCCCCCGCCGGCCAUAACGGUAAGGCAAGGCGCGAGCCCGGUUGCCAUCGCGACGGCUGCGACGCGGUGGCAGCAGCAUGUCGGAACUGAGCGAAGAGGAGGCCGAGGAGGAGGCCGAGGCUUACCUGGGGGAGUAUGAUGGGGAGCGCAAUUCUGAAGGUGAACGGCAUGGACGUGGGAAAGCAGAGCUGCCCAAUGGUGAUACGUAUGAGGGUGAAUAUGAGCACAGUCUCAGAAAUGGGCAGGGGACAUACAGAUUUAAAACUGGUGCUUUCUACAUUGGAGAAUAUCUUCAAAAUAAAAAGCAUGGCCAUGGUACUUUUUAUUAUCCAGAUGGAUCAAAAUAUGAAGGAAGCUGGGUAGAUGAUCAAAGACAUGGCUACGGAGAAUAUACGUACGCAAAUGGAGACACCUAUGCUGGAGAAUGGUUUAACGACAAUAGGCAUGGACAAGGUACAUACACCUAUAAAGAGACUGGAUCUAUGUAUGUUGGUGGUUGGGUAAAUGGAAUCCAGGAAGGAGAAGCAGAGCUUAUCCACCUAAAUCACAGAUAUAGGGGCAAGUUUUUGAAUGGAAUUCCUGUAGGUCGUGGCAAAUAUAUCUUUGACAUUGGAUGUGAACAGCAUGGUGAAUACAUACGGUCAGAGGAGGAUAAAGGGGAGGAAGAAGAAGAAGAGGAGGAGCCCUCUUUACUUGCUGCACCGAAGUGGAAAGCAACACAAAUCACUAAAUUAAUACACUGGGUGCCCAAAAUGGAAAAAGCACCUUCUCCCAGCGAAGGCCCCCCAGCAGCAGCAGCAGAGACAGCAGCUGCAGAUGAAGCAGUGGAAGAAACAGCAGCAGAUGAAAAAGAAAAAAUGCAAACAAAUGCAGUCAUUGAUGAAUCUGCUGAACACAGGGAUGAUAUGCCUUCUCUUCAUAAAGUAUCUAGUGAAGUUUUUAGCCCAACAAAGGAUGCAGAAGAAGAAGAUGAGGGUAUAAGGGAAGAAGAAAAUGAAGAAGGAGAAGAGUACCAAGGAACUGCUAGUUUAGAAGAUGAGGAGGAAUCAGAGGAAGCAGAGUAAUUGGAUACAACUAAAGACAAACAUAAGUAGAAAAGGAAAUUGAAGAGUAAAUCAUUAGUUAAGGUAAACCUACAAUAUUUUUAUUUGUAUCUUUGUUAUUUUUUGAAUAAACAUUUCUGUCACUGUUCUGUCUGGAAUAUACCUCUCCAAAACUUUUACAAUCCCAGAGUGUGCCAUCUCAGGACCACUUCAUUCCAUAGCGUCAGGCAGUUGUUGAAUUCAGUAUGGGAUAAUUCUGGAUCUAUAAAGUUGAGUCCUCGUACAUUCAUGGAAUCAAAGUUUUGAAACACUUGGCAUGAUAUUUCUAAGGCAGAACAUAUAUGCAUCCAGUAACUGACUGGACCACUUGUGCCUGUAGUAAUUAGGUUGCUUUUGGUGAUCUAUGUUCAUUUCUUCACAGGAAGAUAGAUGAUUUUCAAACCUGAUGAAUACAUCAGCAUUGCCCAAAACUUCAGAACAUCACAUCCAUCUUGGGAGUUAGUUAACAUGCUCAAAUAUGGUCUUAGAAUCUUUUAUGUUGGAAGUGAACUCAAGAACCCCAGAAUGCUGUGUGUAUCUACUAUCACUGGACAAUCAAGUAUAGGGCCACAUUAUUUACUUACUGUAGGCUGUUAUCACUGUUCUCCAAGAUACCAAGCUUAAAUAUCUCCUUACCCAAUUUGCAAACCUGUUGGCAGAGAUGCUGUUAUUCCACUUUGUUAAAUGGCUUCUGUAUUUCCUUUUCCCUUCAAGACUGACCCACGGUGAUGAAAAUUGAAGUACUACCUUUAGCAACAGCCAUAUUAUCAGCUGUUAAUGCCCAGGAUUGCAUCCUCUCCUACUUGGCCUCUUCCAAUUGAGGAUGAAGGAGAUAUCCUGUGGGUUCCCAUGUCCUUUACCAGAAUCCUGUAGUUACUCUUAUUUUGCUCCAGGUCUCCCUCGGUAGUGUAAUUGAUAUUCAUACCAAUGAACAAACAAGGAAGUAAUGGUCACUGGACAGGAUGAAUUUUGGCCAUACUUCUACAAUACCCACAGUCUGGUCACUUGUCAAGCAGCAAGCUUCCCACAACAGCAUAUCUGGUACACAGACAGGUGUCUCUCGUACAUUCCUCGUACAUUCAUGGAAUCAAAGUUUUGAAACACUUGGCAUGAUAUUUCUAAGGCAGAACAUAUAUGCAUACAGGUGUCUCUAUCCCCUACUGGGAUAGACCUCCAGCUGCUAACACUUUCUGCUUCUUUUUAGUAUUGAUGCUUCAUAUGGGGCCAGUUAGCUUCGAAGCCUCCCUUUACAUCCUCUGUUCCCCUGCCAUGGCUAUUGGGCCUCAAUACCGACCCUCUACAUCCAGGUCUGAGCAAGAAUGGUGGAACAUUUCUCCUACUGCCAGAAGUUAUGAACUUUAACAAACUCCCUCCCCAGGGGAGAAUCCUUCCAACACUCCAUCCAGUGUAGCCCCUAGCCAUUCCCUCAACCUCAAAAGUCAGGCUUUUGCUUCUACAGAGACCCUGCUGAUACCUCAUUUGCCCUCCUUACUGAUACACAGUCUCCAUACCUCCUACAGGUCUUUUAUGCAAUCAUGCAACAUCUAAAUCACUACACAGAGCCUCUCCAAGAUACAACAUCCUCCUGCCCAAUCCAGGUCUAGACUGACACUACUGAUAUGCCAAGGAUAUGUACUUUCUCUUUUGGUAGCAGAGGUCAGGCCCAGCAGCUCACAAGUGUUGGUGAGCACAGUCCCACACUGACUGGAAGAAAGUUUCUGCCUUCCUACAGCACCCCAAAAAACAAAUAAAACAACUUAAAAAAAAAAUAAUCCACCUCCACAAAAAAAGAAAAAAAAACAAAACCAAAACAACAAAAAACCCCAACCAUCAAUCCCUAAUGAGAAGGAACCUGUCAAUCAGAAGAGAGCUACCAGGAGAUUUCAGCUGAAGAAGGCCUUCAGAAGCUACCAGAAUUGAAUCAAAUGGCAUUCUAUAAAUAGUAAGUUAAAAGUAAAGAGCAAGGUAGAGCUGCACAAAAUAUUGUGAAAGCAGAAUUUGCUACAGACAUGUAUUUUCCACUUCUUCAGGUGGAAAAAGAAAAGCUGUUCUGAAACAUUGUUUUCCUGAUAAUAUAUAAACGAAACCUUAAUCAUUAAGAGAUGCAUCUGUUUAAGUGACUUUCUUAUACUUCUGAGAAUACUGGCAUGAAUGUUGAUGGACUUGGAGUUUGAGGCAGAGUGUUGCUGCCCUGCAGCAGUUUGCUUUUGAAGUAAGGUAACUGGUUUGGGCCUGAUUAGGGUAAGAGAUGUUGAGCUGGCAUUGCUGAAACAGGACUUGAAUUUUUUUUAUUCAUAAAUUUUAGUUUGUCGGAAAAUAAAACUUUUAAGAAGUUCCUUUUCUCUACAACUCAACAACUCCAGCAAUGAUAUGCCAAGAAGUUUAAGCUAGUGAUAAAUAUGGAUUAAGAGAAAAUGGGGGUAUUGAGGUGAGUCACACGAAAUAAAUAGAGUUUAUUACUUCUUCCUGAAAUGUUUCUCCUAUCAGAAAUGUCAUAGUGAGAAAUUUCCCAUGUAAACUUUUCCCCAAAGCCUUACAUGUCUUUUUUAUUUUUUUGGCAGUUUCUUCUCACAUCAUUGUGACUUCAGUAAGCAUUUUUAGAGGUGAUUGUCUUUUCCUCUUUUGGCUUUCUUUGGUGAAGAGAAGUGCUGUGUUAUUACAAUAGCUUGAUCAAAGCAUACUUGGCUUAGUAAUUUUUUUAUUUUUAAUAAAAACUUACAAAUCAUUAGUUUAUCAGCUGUUUACUCACUAUAUUUUACUGUAAAUUUGAGAAACAUCAACAUAACGCAUUUCCCAGUUCAAUUCCAUUUAAAGGUAAUCUUCAGUUCA